CAAGAACAUAGCUGGACACCGAGUCUUGUACUCUUAAACCCUUUGCUUGAAAGAAAAAGAACUCAAAAACUUGAUUUUGGUAACUCUUACUUCACUUCUUCACCGCAAUCUCCCUAGCGAAAGGGAAUGUCUUUUUGUAUUUCUGUGGCAAACCCGCCUAUUUUUCCUAUUCAAAAAACACUCCGUUUCUCUAAAUUUGAUGGGAAGAAAAGGGUAGUAGUAGUAAGGGCAGGGCCCAAAAAGAUAUAUUUUGAUAAAGAAUGCAGGCACGCUUUGCAGUCUGGAAUUGAUAAGCUAGCUGAUGCUGUUUCUGUCACUUUAGGACCUAGAGGACGUAAUGUUGUUCUUUCUGAUUCUAAGACAUUAAAAGUAGUGAAUGAUGGUGUCACAAUAGCUCAAGCUAUAGAGCUUUCGGAUACAAUGGAGAAUGCUGGGGCUUUGCUAAUCCAAGAGGUUGCAAGUAAAAUGAAUGAUUUAGCUGGCGAUGGUACUACAACUGCCAUCAUUUUGGCUCGUGCAAUGAUCAAAACGGGCAUGUUAUCAGUUGCUUUUGGGGCCAACCCUGUUUCCUUAAAAAAAGGAAUAGACAUGACUAUAACAAGAUUAGUCGAAGUCUUGAAAAGCAGAAGUGUUGAAGUAUCAGGAAGAGAGAAUAUAAAAGCGGUUGCUUCAAUUUCUUCUGGGAAUGAUGAAUUCAUUGGAAACUUAAUUGCCGAGACUAUUGACAAGAUUGGCAGUGAUGGAGUUAUCUCAAUUGAAUCAUCUUCCACGUCUGAAACCUAUGUGAUCAUAGAAGAAGGAAUGAAGGUUGACAAGGGCUACAUGUCACCCCACUUUAUAACGAACCAGGAAAAAUCUCUCGUGGAGUUUGACAAUGCCAGAAUAUUAGUAACUGAUCAACGGAUUGAAACCGUUAAAGAAAUAAUCCCUUUGAUGGAAAAGACUGUGCAAUUGAGUGUCCCACUGUUAAUUUUUGCUGAGGAUAUAUCAAAGCAGGUAUUGGAAACACUAGUGGUGAACAAAAUGCAAGGUUUGCUUAAUGUUGCUGUUGUCAAAUGCCCAGGAUUUGGAGAAGGAAAGAAAGCUUUAUUGCAAGACAUUGCCCUUAUGACAGGUGCCGAUUUUCUUUCGGGAGACUUUGGUCCGACUCUCAUAGGGGUAACCUCAGAUCAACUUGGCAUUGCACAGAAAGUCAUUAUAACAAGUAACUCAACAACCAUUAUUGCCGACUCUUCUACCAAAGCUGAAAUACGAGCGAGAAUUUUGCAGAUGAAGAAGGAUCUUGCUGAAAUAGAUAAUAAAUACUUGUCAAGAAAGCUCAAAGAAAGAAUUGCCAAAUUGUCUGGUGGAGUGGCUCUAAUCAAGGUCGGAGCACACACAGAGACAGAACUUGAAGAUAAGAAACUCAGAAUUGAGGAUGCUAAGAAUGCAACAUUUGCCGCCAUGGAUGAGGGGAUAGUGCCCGGUGGUGGUGCUGCAUACGUGCAUCUCUCAGAGCAGAUAUCUACCAUCCAGGAUUCCUUGGAAGAUGAAAGUGAGCAGAUUGGGGCUGAUAUUGUGGCAAAGGCACUUCUUGCCCCUGCGAAAACAAUUGCAGCUAAUGCCGGGGUUGACGGAGAAGUUGUGGUGGAGAAAAUUCGAUGUUCUGAUUGGAGAAUUGGUUUCAAUGCAAUGACUUGUGAAUAUGAGGAUCUUUUGGAUGCAGGGAUAGUAGAUCCUUGUAAGGUCUCACGAUGCGCGCUUCAGAGUGCUGCCUCCAUUGCUGGAUUAAUUCUAACAACUCAAGCCAUAUUGGUCGAGAAGAUAAAGAAGCCUAAGCCUGCUGUACCUCAUGUUCCUGGAAUUACACCAUGACCAAAUAACUGAAUUGACGAAACCUUUUGUUUGCGUUGUUAUGAAAGAACGGUUACAAGCUUGAGCUCUCGAAUUAUGACGAAACUUGGAGGUCAAAGAAUCUCUUAUCAACACAAAGCUCCAAAUGGAAGGAUACUAGUUUUCUGGCUAAAUCUGGCCGUCUACUUUUUGUUGUUACAGGGUUAAUACCUACAAUCCAGACAGUAUAUUUUCUGUGUCCAACUUUCGUAAAUGACCCUGGGACAAAGUUUUGUUACAGCUUAGUUUAGUUGGGAAAUAUGAUGGAAAGAGAUGAACAUUAUGGUAAGUUCGGUUUCCAUAGACUAAAUUUGAUUUUACAGUUGCUGAUA